CAAACCCCACGUCAGUCGCGGAUUCUCUCUCGCCCUUUAAAUUCCUCAGGAUUCCGCCCUGGAGGAUUCUUCUUUAAAAUGAGACCAUGGGCCACUCGAGGAAUACUCCCCGGACACUAACGCCUCGUCGGGGGCACUCUUUCUGCGCGGGGAAGGACGUAAAUCGGUGGAAAUAAGGGGGUUAUGUUCGGCCGCGGUUGGGCUAAGAAUCGGUCCGGAUUUAAAAUGGGAAAUGGACCUCGCAGGUGUUGCAGAUUUGCAGGCCUUGAAACACUGGCCUUUAUCGUCAUUUUAAUCUUCGCACAAUGCUGUUUUUGUCAGAGUGAAAGUGUCCCAAAAAGCACAGAAGACAGAGGAAAGACAGAUGGUGCAAAACAUAAACUAGAAGAGGUGUUGACUCCGCCCCACACGCCAAAUCCAGAAAGACAUGAGAUUCGUUCAAGAAGUAGCGUGGAGAAUGCCAAGAAGAUUUUAGGACUCCUUGAAACUCACUCUAGCACUGAAUCACCAGCACCCAGGCCCAAACCUGCACAAAAGGUAUUUAUUUUUGAAGAUAAUAAACAUGGUGGCAAGCAUCAAGGACCGAAGGUAAUUUUUGCCGAGGAUGUUGUUCCGAAUGAAAGAAAACCAAAGGCGGAUAAGUCUCCCGUUGAAGCUCCUGUUGCAGAAGACCUCGCUGAUGAGAAAUCUACGAAGAGAUCGAAAUCAAGUAGUACCAUAUCGGAUGACUCAGUUUCUAAAGAUGAAACACAGCUAAAACCAACACAAGAAACACAGAAGGAGGAGGAAGAGAAGGAGGAGAAACAGAAACAGAAGAAGGUGGAAAAGGAAGAGGGGAAAAAGAAGGAGACAGGCAAAGAUAAGGAAUCAAGAGUCAAGUUUAUAUCUGAUACUGAGAAAAUUACUGAAGAAGAAACUAUUAGUGAGAAUGAGCCCCACAGUCAAGCCCAAGGAGACAAGGAAGCUGGCAGCACUUCUCAAGACAAGGAUUCAGGAAAGGAAGACCCGAAAGAGAACAUUUCCGAGAGAAAAGACAAAGGAGAGAAAAGAGCGGAAAAAGGAGUAGAUGAGCUCGAUACUGACCAAAACAAGAAAAGCAACGAGCCCAGGGACUUGCCAGAGAAAGCGGACCAGUAUGUAAAGUCGGCCAUUUCAAAAGACAAGGCUGAGGCUCGGGAAAAGAGGCCAGAGCUUGAAAAGAGCGCGCAAGACAUCGUAGAGAUAGAGGUGCCCGAUGAAGCGUACGUGAGGGAGAAGGCAAAUAUACUGACAGCAUUACGUAGGAAAGUUCAUGAUACAGUGGAGAGUAAAAAUGUUGAUAAAGUGAGUGACAAAAGUGAUUUGAAUGAUGUAGAGAAGAAAGUGGAAGAGAAAGUAGAAGAGGAGGAGCAGACACAAAUGGCUUUGGAUGAAAUGGAACAUAGGUGAGUACAGUCUUGGAGUUUUUCAUAGGAUAACU